AUGGCUGUUUCGAUAUCUCAGCUGUCUUUCGAGCACCAUCGACAAGCUCUUGGCAUAGCCGAAUCAGAGCCUCGCAUCUCAUGGCGGUUCUCUGGCAACGCCGUUGACUGGGAGCAGAGCGCCUACGAUCUAGAGAUUCUCAGGGGGUCAGGUCCCCCAACCAUCCACAACUUUAAUUCGACGGAGUCUCUCCUAGUUCCAUGGCCAGUAGCAACUUUAGAAACGGCUGAGCAGGCUAGUGUACGAGCUCGAGCCCACGGCGGGCCCGGCCAACUCUCUACGCCUUGGUCGGAUUGGGUCACAGUCGAGACUGGGCUUCUCAACUCUUCGGACUGGGCCGGGGCAGUACCCAUCGCCGCCGAGAGGGAGACUGAAGUCGAAGCUCCGAAACGUCCGGUCUACUUCAGAAAGCCUUUUCUCAUCAAUGCCAAUGUCACUCGUGCACGGCUCUACAUCACCGCGUUGGGAGUUUACGAAGCGGAGAUCAACGGCCGUCGGGUCGGUGACUAUGUUCUUGCCCCCGGAUGGCAAUCAUACAACUACCGUCAUGUUUAUGAUACAUACGACGUCACGGAACUUAUUUCAAGCGGAGAAAAUGCCAUUGGUGCUGCAGUCGGCGAGGGAUGGUUCGCGGGUAGACUGAGCUACGGUGGUGGUGUUAGAAACAAUUAUGGUGACACCAUUGGCCUUCUCAGUCUUCUUGUCGUCACUCUCGAAGACGGUACCAAGAUUAUGGUACCGAGCGACGCGACCUGGAAAGCCAAUACCGGCCCACUUAUCACCUCCGAAAUUUACAACGGCGAGCAUUACGACUCUACACUUGAGGCAGACCUGAAAGGAUGGUCAUCCGCAGGAUUUACCGCCGAUGAUUGGCUGGCAGUGAAAGAGUUGCCCGCACUCAAAGGCGCUUUAGUCCCUCCUGAUGGGCCUCCCGUCAGGCGAUUGGAAGAAAGAAAGCCAGAGUCCAUCUUCGCGUCUCCGUCUGGCAAGACGAUUAUCGACUUCGGGCAGAAUCUUGUGGGCUGGCUGAGACUCACGGUCUCUGGACCCAGGGGAACGAACAUCACCCUUCACCAUGCUGAAGUCCUCGAAGACGGGGAGCUUGCUCUGAGGCCACUCAGAAUUGCAACAGCAGCUGACUCUCUUAUCUUGCAUGGGAACGGCACGCAAACAUGGGAGCCACGAUUUACCUUCCAUGGCUUCCGCUAUGCCCAAGUUGAUGGUUGGCCACAGGAAACUCCUCUGACUGCCGAAUCCAUCACUGCUGUCGUCGUACACAGCGAUAUGGAACAGACCGGCUGGUUUGAAUGUUCGAAUCAGCUUCUCAACAAGUUUCAUCACAACGUGCGGUGGUCUAUGAAGGGGAACUUCUUGUCUAUCCCCACCGAUUGCCCACAGCGUGAUGAGCGACUUGGGUGGACCGGCGAUGCCCACGCCUUUGCUCCAACAGCAAACUACUUGUAUAACGCCGCCGGUUUCUGGAGAGGCUGGCACAAAGAUAUCUGGUCAGAGAUGCAGCGAAACAACUCGAUGGUAGUUCCAUUCACCAUUCCAACAAUCCCACCUGGAGGCCCAGCUACGCCCGCCGCAGUCUGGGGGGAUGUAGCUGUUGCCAACCCUUUCAACAUUUACCAAGCGUUCGGUGAUUUGGGCCUCCUCGAAGAGCAAUACCUUCAGUCUCAGGCCUGGAUUGAUACCGGCAUCAGCCGUAACGAGGUUGGAUUAUGGAACCGCAGCUCUUUCCAAUUUGCCGACUGGCUCGACCCGAAGGCCCCUUCUGAUGCCCCCGGGAAUGCUACUACUGCGAAACAUUUGGUCGCCGAUGCGUAUCUUAUCCACAUGACCGACUUUCUCGCAAACAUGUCUGCAGCUCUGGGGCGUGGCGAUGCGGCAGAACAGUAUCGAAGUCAACGGAAGGAUUUGAUCUCAGCGUUCCAUGACGCUUGGAUCCACGAUGGCGUUCUUGCAAACCAGACGCAGACGGCGUACGCCAUGGCUCUCAACUUCAACCUUUUCACUGAUGAGGGACAGCAGUCAGCUGCUGCCGAGAAGUUGCGACAGAUCGUCGCAGAUAAUGACUACCUAGUCGGCACAGGCUUUGCGGGCACUCCCCCUCUUGGGUUCGCUCUCAGAGACAUUGGCGCUACUGAUGACUUCUAUCGCAUGCUUCUUCAGACCCGAGUGCCUUCCUGGCUAUACCAAGUGGUUCAGAAUGGUACAACCACUUGGGAGAGAUGGGAUAGUCUUCUCGCAAACGGAAGCGUCAAUCCUGGCGAGAUGACCAGCUUCAACCACUAUGCUUUCGGCUCCGUUGCCAAUUGGAUGCAUCAAGUCAUUGGUGGCAUCGCUCCUGCUGAACCGGGCUGGAAGCGUAUUGCCGUUGCCCCGAUUCCUGGCGGUAACAUUACCAGUGCUGAUUCGAAAUACGUUUCGCCUUAUGGAGAAGUCAAGGUACAAUGGUGGUUCGAAAACAAUAGGGAGGAAAAUGCCGUACAUCGUAAUGGGUUCCAUAUGAUCGUUGAAGUUCCUCCUAACACAAAGGCCGACAUCACGCUGCCUAAUGGGGGAGAUACAACUGAAGUCGGUUCCGGAUACUACGAGUUCCAUGACCCAAGUUAUUUACUAGUUUGA